UCCGGGUUGUCGCUGUUGCCGACCGAUACUCGGAGGCGCCAGCACUUCUCUUUGAAUGCAUGGACGGUGGCAGCCUUCGGGCGUACCUCGACCAGAAGCGCCUGAAGCAACGCCUGUCGGUGAAUGUGACGAGCCUCCAAGUGGCAUGGGUCGUCGCCAACGCCUUGAACGACCUGCACGCGAAAGACAUCAUUCAUCGUGACAUCAAGAGUCAUAAUGUGCUCUUGAGCACAAGUGGCGAGAUCAAGCUCAGCGAUCUUGGCCUCGCGCGGCUCGAAGCCACCGACAUGACGGAAGCGCCCGGCACACGAUAUUGGAUGGCCCCCGAGAUCCUUCGCGCCAACGGCACCAAGUACAGCUCUCCCGCCGACAUCUACGCCUUCGGAGUCCUUCUUACGGAGCUCGACACGUGUCAACCGCCGUACUUUGACCAAGAUGUCCAAGACCCGAUUGCGUUUGUGCGCGGUGUCAUCAACGGCACUCUUCGUCCGACGCUGACAAAAGACGGCGAGCCGUGGCUGCGCUCGCUCGCUCAAAAGUGUUUGCAGGGGGACCCGAACGAUCGCCCGACCAUUCAACGAGUCGUCGAGAUCCUCCACGAGGCAAUCGCGUGUACGCUCUGA